AUGGGGACGUCUUCUCCGGAGGGGUCGCCGUCUCUAAUCAACCAAGUCCCGUUCACAAGUCAAGAGUCUCCGGCCAAUCAGUUACCGAAAGGUCCUUUGACUUCAUUAAUUUCUGGAAAAGUUGUACCAAACUCAAGCUAUGCUACUGAAGUGGAAAUCAUAAAUGAUAUGGCUAAGGUCAAUAUCCCGGAUGAGGUUCGCAAACUCUCCCAGCCGUUGUGGACAAGUUAUAUGGUAGGGCACUUCAUAGGGGAGGCUCCCCACAUUGGCAAGGUUCACGCAACAGUUAAUAAGAUAUGGACUUCUGGAAGUAGAGUCUCGAAAAUUGAUGCGCAGUUCUUAAAUCCAAAAACGGUCAUGUAUCGUAUUGAAGAUUCAAUGAUGAGGCAAACGGUGCUUCAACGCCACUUUUGGCACAUAGGAGAAAUUCCUUUGGUGGUGCAAGAGUGGAAUCCAAAAGCUACUAAUCUUAAGCCAGAUCUUUCUGCAAUGCCUAUUUGGUUUUUAGGAGAUGUCAUUGGGAUCUCACAAAAGCUUCAUCCUAAUACUCUCAGAUGUGUUAGGUUGGAUGUAGCGCGCGUUCUAGUUGUUGUGAAUCUGGAGAAUCCACUACUGAACGUGAUAUCGCUGAAUGACGAGGAAGAAACUUUGGUUAAGGUCUCGUACCCGUGGCUCCCAUCCAGAUGUUUAACUUGUAACACAUGGGGCCACAAUGAUGUAGAGUGUGGGCGGAUGAAGAAAGGGGCAAUGGUAGUACCAGAACAGAACGGCUUGGGAAAUAGCCCAAGGGUCAGUAGUCCUACAAAGGUUUUGUCAAGCCAAGAUAGCUUGGGAGCUCUUACAGACUCGGCAAGUAACAGACAGAGGGCGGAAGUGAAAGGGCAGUUGGUUGAAAGAGAAGCUCAAGUCGAGGGACAAGGCUUAAGCGAUGAAACAGAGCAAGAGUGGACUUGUGUUAGAAAAGGAGGAAACAAAUCGCCUCAAAAGAAGAUUGAUGAGGUGGGUAUGAGGCAAAUAGCAGCUGCAAAGACCAUCAACGAGUCGGAAACGACCUCACCAUCAAGAUUUAAUGUACUUGCUAAAAUUUCUGAGGAGGAGGAAGACAAAGAAGAUGGGGAAAUUGGGGUUGAGGAAACGGCCAAAGAGGAGGAAAAUCAUUUAGUUUCAUCAGAGGAUGAGGCUCCGAUUACUCAGGCUAUUCAGAAAGACGGAGAAAGUCGUAAGAAGCAAAAGGGACAAAACAAAUCGAUUAGCAUUAAAAAUUUGGCACCACACAAAAAUGCAAAAAAGUCCUCCUCGCGGAGGAACUAA